CAUUGCUACGAAGCCGUCGAUCUUGACGGAACCGUCCGUCUUACGAAUGAGUUCGAAUUCCCAGUAGCAUCGUUCCAUCACGCUGGGGAAACGUACCUCGUUCCAGAGUUGUUGAAGAAGACGUGGGGAGGCACGCCUACCAUAGCGCUCUUUGCAUCCAACUUCCGGAAGAAACGUGAGGCAUAUCGAGGAUCGGAGUUCGCUCCGCGCGUGUUGGCGGAGCACGGAAUGAAUGUUGUCAUGAAGGUUAGUGUGAUGAAGACAAAAUGA